AUGUCUCGGUCCCGCCCCACAAAGCCUUCCAAAUCAGUCAAAACAAAGCUACAGAAAAAAGAAGGCAUCCAGAUGAAGAAGAAGGCAUCGAAGCAGGCUGUGAGACAUGGGGCAUCAGGGAAGGUAGUGAACCCCGGAAAACCGAAGCAAUUAAUUAAAAGAAGAGAUGGUAAGAAGGAAACGGAAGACAAAACCCCGACACCGGCGCCGAGUUUUCUGACGCGAGCUGGGGCCGCCCGAAUGAAUCUGGAUCGAAACCAAGUUCUUUUUCAGAACCCAGACUCCUUAACUUGCAACGGGUUUACAAUGGCUCUUCGAAGAACCUCUCUUAGCUGGCGACUCUCCCAGCGCCCUGUAGUCACACCCAAACCUAAGAAAGUGCCACCUUCAAAGAAGCAGUGUACACAUAAUAUCCCGGACGAUGCACGGGUAAAGCACUCCGAAAAUGAUUCAGUCCCCAGCCAAGACGCUACCAUGUCCCCAGACGCAGAGAACGUAACUGGUGAACAGAACACGUGUUUAGUUGAAGGGGAGAGCCAAGAGAUAACCCAGUCUUGCCUUCAAAGGAUGGAAGAUACCCAAAGCUGUAUUUCCGCAUCUGGGAACCUGGAAGCGGAAAUUUCUUGGCCACUGGAAGGGAUACAUUGUGAAGAACUACUCUCUCAUCAGACUUCUGAUAAUGUGUGCACUUCCCCUCAAGAGUGUGCUCUAUUGCCCCAAAGAUCAACUUCUGAAGUUACCUUUCAGAAAAACACUAGCAGCAAUCAGUUAGCAGACUUGAGCUCACAGGUAGAGUCUAUCAAGCUGUCUGAUCCUUCCCCGAACCCUACGGGAAGCGACCAUAAUGGCUUCCCAGACUCCAGUUUUAGGAUCGUUCCUGAAUUGGACCUGAAAACCUGCAUGCCUCUUGAUGAGUCCGUGUAUCCCACAGCUCUGAUAAGAUUCAUUUUGGCAGGCUCACAGCCGGACGUCCUUGAUACUAAGCCCCAAGACGAAACCCUUAAAACGACCCCGGAACAAGUGGGAAGCCACCCAAAUCGAGUUCUGGAUGCCACCUCUGUCCUAGGGCAGGCCUUUAGUAAUCUUCCACUUCAGUGGGGAUUUUCUGGUGCUAACUUAGUUCAAGGUGAGACCCUGGGCAAGGGCUCAGACUCACCAGAGGAUCUUGGUGCUAUUACUAUGCUAAACCAACCAGAAACUGUGGCUGUGGAUAUGGAUCGGGAUACACCCCCGGACCUGCCUAUCUUCCUCCCUAAGCCUCCAAACACAGUUGCUACCUUCACUAGCCCUCCUUUAGGGCCUGAGCCCCACAGCUCUGCCUCCUGUGGGCUUGAAGUCCAUGGUGCUACCCCGAUUUUACCUUUGGACUCAGGACACACUCCCCAAUUCCCUCCGAACUCUGAGUCAAGUUCAAUCCCUCUGGUAAUAGCUGCAAACGGUACGCCUGCUGAAAAGCAGUUUGGUACCAGCCCUUUCCCAGCAGUCCCACAAGGGUUUACAGUCGCCGCAGAGGAUGAAGUCCAGCAUGCCCCAUUAGAUCUUACCCAGGGUUCUCAGGCUGUUCCCAGCAAACUGGAAGGAGGGAUUUCUCCGGUGAGCAUCAGCGGCACAGCCGAUGUCAAAGCCGCAGUCAUGUCCGUGCCGUUUACACGGGCCAGUACCUCUUCUCUCCUGUGUAAUUCUACGCCGCCAACGGUGGAGAGGAGGAAGCGCAAGGCGUGUGGGGUCUGUGAGCCUUGCAAGCAGAAGGCCAACUGCGGGGAGUGCACCUACUGCAAGAACAGAAAGAACAGCCACCAGAUCUGUAAGAAGAGGAAAUGCGAGGUGCUCAAAAAGAAGCCAGAGGCCACCUCACAGGCACAGGUUACAAAAGAAAACAAGAGGCCCCAGAGGGAAAAGAAGCCCAAAGUUUUAAAGACAGACUUUAACAACAAACCAGUAAAUGGCCCCAAAUCAGAGUCCAUGGACUGCAGUAGACGUGGUCAUGGGGAAGAAGAGCAAAGGUUGGAUUUGAUCACACAUCCCCUUGAGAAUGUAAGGAAGAAUGCAGGAGGUAUGACGGGAAUUGAAGUGGAGAAGUGGGCGCCAAGUAAGAAAUCACACUUAGCAGAGGGUCAAGUCAAGGGAAGCUGUGAUGCCAAUUUAACUGGGGUGGAAAAUUCCCAGCCCCCUGAAGAUGACGAGCAACAAACCAACCCUUCUCCGACAUUUGCCCAGACCGUAGUAAACGGCAUGAAAAAUGUUCACUGUUUCCCCACCGACACAGACCUUCCGCUCAACAAAUUGAAUCAUGAGGAAUUUAGCAAGGCCUUGGGAAAUAGUUCCUCUAAAUUGCUGACUGAUCCCUCAAACUGCAAGGAUGCCAUGAGUGUCACCACCUCCGGUGGGGAGUGUGAUCAUCUCAAGGGGCAAAGGAACACCGAUCUCUUCCAGAAGCCUGACUUGAACUGCAGGUCUGGUGCAGAACCCACCAUCUUUAAUAAUCACCCUAAUGCACACAGCGCUGGGAGUCGACCUCACCCCCCUGAGAAGGUACCCAACAGAGAACCCAAAGAUGGCUCUCCGGUUCAGCCAAGUCUUCUAUCCCUAAUGAAAGACAGGAGAUUAACGCUGGAACAAGUGGUAGCCAUAGAAGCCCUGACUCAGCUCUCAGAAGCGCCCUCAGAGAGCUCCUCCCCAUCCAAGCCGGAGAAGGAUGAAGAAACGCAUCAGAAAACCGCUAGUCUACUCAACAGUUGCAAGGCUAUCCUUCAUUCAGUGAGAAAAGACCUCCAAGACCCAAACGUUCAGGGAAAGAGCCUUCACCACGACACUGUUGUCUUUAAUGGACAGAACAGAACAUUCAAGUCACCUGAUAGUUUCGCUACGAACCAAGCACUUACAAAAUCACAAGGCUAUUCAAGUUCACCUACAGCUGAUAAGAAAGGCUUUGCUGGUGGUAAAGCUCCCUUUGAUGGUUUUAAGAAUUCACACCCAUUGCCCAUAGAAGGUCAAAAUCUUGAAAACUGCAGUCAGGUGCUAAGCUGCAAUCAGAAUUUGAAUUCCCAGGAUCCAUCAUGCCAGGAUGCACCCUACAGUCAAAUUGAAGAAGAUGUCGCAGCACAAUUGACCCAACUUGCAUCCACGAUUAAUCACAUCAACCCCGAGGUCAGGAAUGCUGAAAGUAGACCUGGAAGCCUUGUUGCAAAGAACACACAGCAAAAACAUAGUCAGGAGAAACGCAUGGUACAACAGAAACCACCUUCUAGUACACAAAAUAAGCCCAGUGUACCAUCAGCAAAGCCAAAGAAGACCCAGAAAAAGUCAAGACCGACCCCACACACAAACAAGCGGAAAAAGAAACCCCCAGCCCGGAGCUCUCAAGAAAAUGAUCAGAAGAAGCAAGAGCAGCUAGCUGUAGAGUAUAGUAAAAUGCAUGACAUUUGGAUGUCAUCUAAGUUUCAAAGGUUUGGCCAGUCUAGUCCACGUAGUUUUCCUGUUCUGUUGAGAAAUAUUCCUAUCUUUAACCAAAUACUAAAGCCCGUGACUCAGAGUAAAACACCCUCACAACAUAAUAAGUUAUUUCCUCCUAUCAAUCAGAUAAAAUUCACAAGAAACCCUGAACUGGCAAAGGAGAAAGUGAAGGUUGAACCGUCAGAUUCUCUGCCAACAUGCCAAUUCAAGAUGGAAUCCAGUGGGCAGGCAUUUGCAGAGCCGGCAGAUAAUUCUCAGGGACAGCCCAUGGUGAGUGUCAAUCAGAAAGCUCACCCUCUGCCCCAGUCCCCGCCAUCUAACCAGUGUGCUAAUAUAAUGGCUGGUGCUGCCCAAACACAGUUUCAUCAAGAGAACCCAGUGCAUCAGAUACCACCACCGACGUUGCCUGGUACCUCUCCUGACACACUCUUGCCAGACCCAGCAUCAGUCCUCAGGAAAGGGAAAGUGUUAUGUUUCAAUGGAAUUACAGUUGUUACCGAAAAGCAUGAAGCUCAGACAUCAAGCAAUGAACCAUUGGGUCCCACCACAGACAGUGCACAGGCAGAAUUUGAUGAGAAUGUCAUGGACUUCCUUAGCAAGCCUGCAAAAGACCUGAUAGCUGGAUUGAAGGAACAGGAAGCUGCACCUUGUGACUGUGAUGGAGGUACACAAAAAGAAAAAGGCCCAUAUUAUACACACCUUGGGGCAGGACCAAGUGUGGCUGCUGUCAGGGAGCUCAUGGAGACUAGGUUUGGCCAGAAGGGAAAGGCAGUCCGCAUUGAGAAGAUAGUGUUCACGGGGAAGGAAGGGAAGAGCUCUCAGGGCUGCCCGGUCGCCAAGUGGGUGAUCAGAAGAAGUGGGCCUGAAGAGAAGCUUAUCUGUUUGGUCCGUGAGCGUGUAGACCAUCACUGUUCUUCGGCUGUGAUAGUUGUCCUUAUCCUGCUGUGGGAAGGUAUCCCUCGCCUGAUGGCUGACCGCCUGUACAAGGAGCUCACUGAGAACUUGAGGUCCUACAGCGGACAUCCCACAGACCGAAGAUGUACCCUCAACAAAAAACGUACCUGUACCUGUCAAGGCAUCGACCCAAAAACCUGUGGAGCCUCCUUCUCCUUUGGCUGUUCAUGGAGCAUGUAUUUCAACGGCUGUAAGUUUGGGAGGAGUGAAAACCCCAGAAAAUUCAGACUUGCUCCAAACUACCCCUUACAUAACUACUAUAAGAGAAUUACGGGAAUGAGUUCUGAAGGAAGUGACGUGAAAACCGGAGGGAUCAUUCCAGACCGCAAGACCCUCAUAAGCAGAGAGGAAAAACAGCUUGAAAAGAAUUUACAAGAAUUGGCUACAGUAUUAGCUCCACUUUACAAGCAGAUGGCUCCAGUUGCUUAUCAAAAUCAGGUGGAAUAUGAAGAAGUUGCUGGAGACUGUCGACUUGGUAAUGAAGUGGGACGUCCUUUCUCCGGUGUCACUUGUUGCAUGGAUUUCUGUGCCCAUUCUCACAAGGACAUUCACAACAUGCACAACGGAAGCACCGUGGUGUGUACGUUGAUUCGAGCAGAUGGCCGUGACACAAAUUGUCCCGAGGAUGAGCAGCUCCACGUCCUGCCACUAUACCGGCUUGCAGACACUGAUGAAUUUGGCUCCGUGGAAGGGAUGAAAGCCAAAAUCAAAUCUGGGGCCAUCCAAGUCAAUGGGCCAACCAGGAAGAGGCGACUACGUUUCAUGGAGCCUGUUCCUCGAUGUGGGAAGAGGGCCAAAAUGAAGGAGAACCACAAUAAAUCAGGUUCACAUAACACUAAGAGCUUUUCAUCAGCGUCAUCUACUUCUCACCUAGUGAAAGAGGAAUCUACAGACUUCUUCCCCCUGCAGACUUCCUCUGCAGAAAAAUCUACCUGUACGUACAGUAAAACAGCCUCAGGUGGGUUUGCAGAAACAAGUAAGAGUCUCCACUGCACAAUGCCUUCUGGAGCACACAGUGGUGCUAAUGCAGCUGCUGGGGAAUGUACUGGACCGGUGCAGCCUGCUGACGUGGCUGCUCUUCCUCACCAGUCUCUUCCCACAGCAGAUUCUCCCGUUCAUGCUGAGCCUCUCACUAGUCCAUCUGAGCAGCUAACUCCUAACCCAUCAAACCAGCAGUUCCCAUUCCUCAGCAAUCCUCAGAAACUGGCUUCCUGUCAAGUGGAAGAUGAACGGCACUGUGAAGCGGAUGAGCCUCAGCGCCCCGAGGACGAUAACUUGCCUCAACUUGAUGAGUUCUGGUCAGACAGUGAGGAGAUCUAUGCCGAUCCUACCUUUGGUGGCGUGGCGAUAGCACCCAUUCACGGCUCGGUGCUCAUUGAGUGCGCUCGGAAGGAGCUUCAUGCUACCACCUCUUUGCGCUCCCCCAAACGAGGGGUCCCCUUUCGUGUGUCCCUUGUAUUCUACCAGCACAAAAGCCUAAACAAGCCUAACCAUGGUUUUGAUAUCAACAAAAUUAAGUGUAAAUGCAAAAAAGUAACGAAAAAAAAGCCCGCAGACCGGGAGUGUGCUGAUGUAUCCCCCGAAGCCAAUUUAUCACACCAAAUUCCUUCUCGAGUUGCAUCAACCAUAACCCGAGACAACGUUGUUACCGUGUCCCCAUACUCUCUCACUCAUGUCGCGGGACCCUACAAUCGUUGGGUCUAAAGGCUUCUCUCCUGUAAUGCCUUUGCUAAUGUGGUGUAGUUUUUUUCGGUGCUGUUAAAAAGAAAGUCAUUCUGUUGUUUGCUGUAGCUUCAUUUCGCCCAUUUCAACUCCGAGGUAAAAAUUUAAAAAGGGGGGCGGUGAGUACUUAACUGUGAUUACAUUUUGAGAAUUGGUAGAAGGUGAAAAUUUUCAGCAAAAAUCAAAUUUUUAUAGUUUUAAAUACUUAAAGAAACAUCUUGGUUAGGUGUUGGCCAUGCUAGAACCAUAGAGUCUGGUGCUUUACAUUAGGUUUGUUUACUAUUCAGAGGGUUUAUAACAGGUUCCUGCAAUAAGAAGUAAAGACCAAGAUGUAGUGUUAACUCUACACAGUUCCUGGUGCUUUAACCACAUCAACACAAGGAGUGAUGAGCUGAGUGAUUGUUUUAUGGUGCCAUUGCUCAAGCAUCUUCCAAUCAUUGACAUCGUGUCUGCCCAUUUCUUUGAAGUAAACCAAUGAAACGCUUUUUCUCUUAAAACAUUUCUCCUAUAUAAAGUAAUUCUCUAUUCUAGUGAUGGUUGGAGGCUGUUCGCUAACUAUAAAUGUAUAUAUUUUAAAAAGCACUUUCUACUUUUAAGAGUAACUUGAAAUAGUAUAGUAGCAGAAUCCUAUUGUCUAUUAUGUGUGCGUAUUUGAAUACCAGAGAAGUCGUUUGUUCUUGCUGGGUAGAGUCCCAUCCUGUUAACCUCAGCCUGUACUCACAUAAUACAUGGCUUCUGUUCUUUACUUAGAGAAUAGAGGGUCUCUAAAAACAAUUGAAAAUACAAGAUGCCACCAAUAUCAAUUUCCCCUUUUUAACUAGAAAAAAUACUGUCUUCUGAAGUCGCCUCGUCAAUUAACUAUGUGACCCAUGACGGGUGUUUUCAAAGGAAGAGGAGGCAAAUUGGGAUCAGUCAAAAGUUACCAGUGUUUCAAGACUAGAAAAUACAUGAUUAAGUGACAUGUCCUUCCCAAAUGAGAAGGAAAUAUUCCAUAGAGAUAAUUGAGGGGACAUGGUUGUGUUAGAAUUGUCACCCUAACCCUGGAGUCCCAUGGUAAUAUUGAGAGCCAAACUAUUCAUUAAACUUGCCCUAUCAGGUUUAGGAAAAUGGGAACCCAAACUUGCUUAGUCAUCCUCUAUUUUGAAGGUCACAAGUAAAAUCAGCAUCCGGAUUAUUUUCGUGUUCCAGUGUUCUGCCCAUUGUUUAAUUGACUUUUUUAUAUACCAAGUGAUUUCUCCAGACAGAAAAGCCUAGAACCAGGAGACCUUCCCGAGAGAUCCAAACGCACAGGUGCUAUUGCCACUGCUGGGGUUGGGGUCUUUGGAUCUGGAUUAGGGUUCCUGUCCUUCAGGGACCCUGAUGGUGCUUCUCAGAGAUGCCACAAGAAGCCCACAACUACCCCAUUCUUGGUGCAAAUGUAAGCCGUUGCAGUAAGCUCUCUAGAGAAUAACUUAUUAACCACAAUCCAUGGUGCAGAGAGUCAGCCUCUGACCGAGGCACGUUCAGGAAGAGCAAGGGACUGUAAAUAAGGCGCGUUCACUGACUUUCAUUCCAUCCUGCACGAGGAGCCGGAUGGAUGCUCCUGAGAUACAUAUACGUGUGGAUCUGAGUUAGUGUUGUGUGUGCCUUAGAUUUCUGUUUAUAAACCUUUUUAAAGUCUAGGGUUUCUUAUGUAGGGAUGUGAAUGUGAUCUUUUAUUGCCUUGUCUGCCUCAGUUAGGUAUUUGUUAGUGUGGACCACCAGAAAUCCUCCCUCAUGAAUUAACCUUUGAGGUUUCAGACCUUAGCUAGAAAUAAUUUUCUUGCCAUUAUGGGAUAGAAUCGUCUCUUCCUGCCUUUAUUUAUCCAUCCAUCUGUCCAUUUGAUUUUUUUUUUUCCCCUUGAACUAUCCCUUACAAUACAAACUUAUAAGGAAUGCUUGGAAUUACUUUCUAAGGACAUAACAAACUACCUAUAAAUGAAGAGCUACAGUUAUAUAUUCAAGCUGAUGUUUUGAAUGAUAAGGUCACAUUCUUGGUGCUUAAUCAGUUGAAUACACCAAUGUUUAUUAAUGGGACUGUUGGUGUUUAUGAA